AUGGUGAUGGGUCGAGUUUUCCAAGGAAGCAAAUGGCUGAAAAUAGGGAUCAUGGGCAUGAUCAUGCUGGCUAGAGUAACAUCCGAGCAUGAAAUGGGGACACCAUCAGACGGGUCACUAUGCAUCAGCGAAUGCACAACAUGUCCAGUCAUUUGUUCACCGCCACCUCCGUCGCAGCUGAAGUCGUUUUCACCACCGUCACCAUCAGUUCACGACUCACCACCUGAACCUGAUUACAUCCCACCACAAUUACCUGACUCUCAAUGCUCACCACCACCAUUAGAAUCGGUAUCACUUCCAUCUCCAUCUCCACCUCCACCUCCACCACGGCCACCCUCACCCCCGCCACCACCAGCACCUUCAUCGUAUUCCUCAAAGGCUAGUCCACCACCACCUCGUUUUGAGUACUUCUACAACGCACCUAAUGGUCAAGGGCCACCUGCAAUAGUAGGACCAAUCCAGUAUCCCUAUCCUUACUACUAUGUAUCAAAGGCUUCCCCUCUUUCUUUUCAGGCAUCCUUGUCACUUGAUCCAGCAAACCAUAAUUUGGCAAUGGUAAUGGAGCUACAGAAUGGAGACAUCGCCGUUUCCCUAUCAGCGUCAGUGGCCUCCGCCAUGGCCAGUCUCCUCCCUCUCGCUUCCGUUUCUCAACAGCCUUACGUCUCCGAGCUCCUCUCCUUCACUCUCGAUCGCCUCCAUAAGGACAUAAGUUUAUUGUUCCUGAAUGAGAAAGGAACCGGAGCUUCUUCGAGUUGA